UAUCAACAAAUUGCACGACAUGCAGUCCCACAAGUGGGUGUUUCAUUACGAGUCUAUGACCAUGAGCAACAAAAGUGCCCAAACUAGCUCCAACCAUUCACAUGUCACUGGAUAACCUUUAAGUCAGCAAGUAACAUUUUCAAGUUCUGAGAUUAAUUAAAGAUCCCUUUCAGCCUGAAUCCUCCUAGUCUUGAACUGACAACAUGGCCGGAGUUCCCCCUCUCCCAGCGGAGGUACUGCUAUCAAAGCGUGUCCAGGAAAUGGUCCUCAACGGUGAAGAACCACCACCGCUAUAUGUUUGUAGAGAUGGUGAUGAAACCGAAGAGGUUUCUUCCACCUUAUCUUCGAUUCCCAUCAUCGACGUUAGUCUCUUCUCAGCUUCGGCACCAAGCAGUAAACAAGAAGAAGAACUAGAGCAACUUAGAUCAGCACUCUGUUCAUGGGGCUGUUUUCAGGCAAAAGGCCAUGGCAUUUCAAGUUCAUUUCUAGACGAAAUACGUAAAGUGGCAAGGGAAUUCUUCCAGCAGCCAAUGGAAGAGAAGAAGAAAUACGUUAAAGGAGUUGCAGACACUGAGGGGUAUGGGGGUGACCCGGUCCCUGAAGAAGGUCAGCCCCUUGAUUGGUCCGAUCGCUUGUUCCUUGAUGUGUACCCAGAAGAUCGAAGGAAGCCAAAAUUCUGGCCAGAAAGCCCGGCAUCCUUCAGAGAUGUUCUAGAAGAAUACACGGUGAAGAUGAAGGUGUUUACAGAGACAGUGUCCAAAGCCAUUGCAAAGUCACUGAGCUUAGAAGAAAAUAGUUUCUUAAACCAGUUUGGUGAACGAGGAGCGCUGCAAGCGCGUUUUAACUACUACUUGCGCAGUGAUAGGCCUGAUCUUGUUCUCGGCUUGAAGCCCCAUGCAGACGGAUCAGGAUACACCGUUAUCUUGCAAGAUGAUGUAGAAGGUCUUCAAAUCCUCAAAGAUGAGCAAUGGUUUACAGUUCCCACAAUUUCUGAUGCUUUCCUAGUCCUAAUGGGCGAUCAAAUGGAGAUAAUGACCAAUGGAGUGUUCAAGAGCCCAGUGCAUAGAGUGGUGACCAACUCGGAGAGGGAGAGGAUUUCUGUGGCAAUGUUCUAUACGCCCGAACCAAACAAAGAGAUUGGACCAGAAGAAGGCCUGGUCAACGAGGAAAGACCAAAGUUAUUCAAGAAGGUGAAAGACUAUGCAGAUAUACACUGGGAAUACUACCAGCGAGGAACCAGAGCACUCCAUGUAGCAAAAGUUUAGGAUUGAUUUACCAUCUUAAUUACUCUUCUGUGGUUUUUAUUUGCCUAUAAUAAUUCUCUCCUAAUUAAUCUCUGUGCUUUAUUUAAACAA